AUGCCGAAAACUGACGUCUUAAUCGCCGGCAGCGGCUCGGCCGGCAUCUUCGCCGCAGCCUGGCUCGCCAUCUACAACAUCCCCUUCACCAUUCUCGAGCGGCGCAACGGCCCCCUAGAAAUCGGGCAAGCCGACGGCGUCCAAGUGCGCACCGUUGAAAUCUACGAGUCCUUUGGUCUCGCCGAGGAUGUCCUGCGGGAAGCAUACCACAUCCUCGAAGUGUGUUUUUGGGGCACGGAGGAGGGUGGUGCAGGGGGGAUCAAGAGGAAGGGCAGGAGUGUGGAUACGCCGCCUGGGUUGAGUCAUUUGCCGCAUGUUAUUUUGAAUCAGGCACGCAUGAAUGGGCUGAUGGUGGAGAAGAUGGAGGGGAUCUUGAGAGAGAAGGGGAGGACCGAGAAUCCGAUUGAGUAUGGGUGGAAGGUGCGGGGUGUAGAGAUUGAUCAGGGGAUGAAGGGGGAUGGGGAUGCAUAUGCUGUGAAGGUCAAGGCGGAGAAGGAGGGAAAGGAAGAGGUGUGGGAGGCAAAGUAUGUGUUGGCCUGUGACGGUGCCCACUCUACAAUCCGCCACUCCCUUUCCAUCCCCAUGAUCGGCGACACCACCGACACAGUCUGGGGCGUAAUGGACACCUACCCCCUCACCAACUUCCCAGACAUCCGCCGGAAAUGCACCAUUCACUCGUCAUCGGGCAACCUCCUCAUCAUCCCACGAGAAGGCGGCUCCCUCGUCCGCUUCUACAUGCAGCUCCCCGCAGGCAGCACCCAACAAUCCGUCACCCUGCCCAUCCUACAAGCCACCGCACGCCGCAUCUUCGCGCCCUACAGCAUGGACUUUGCCGCUGUGCACUGGUGGAGCGCAUAUAGCAUUGGCCAGCGCCUCGCCCAGUCUUUCCACACCGACAUGCGCGUUUUCCUCACGGGUGACGCGUGCCAUACGCACUCGCCCAAGGCAGGCCAGGGCAUGAAUGUCUCGCUGCAAGACGGCUAUAACAUCGGUUGGAAACUUGGGCACGUGCUCUCCGGGCUGUCUCCGCCCUCCCUGCUAUCCACGUAUGUGGGUGAGCGUGGGCAGACGGCGGCAGACCUGAUUGCCUUUGACCGCGAGUUUUCGAGCCUGUUUAGCAGGAAGGAGGCAGAGCCGGGACGGUUCCAGGAGUAUUUUGUGCAGAGUGCGCGGUUUACGGCGGGGUUGGGGGCACGGUAUGAGGAGAGUGUUGUUGUGGGGGGCAAGGGGAUGUUGGUAGCGGGGGGUGUGGAGGUAGGGAUGAGGUUUCCCACUGCGCAGGUGGUGCGGUAUUGCGAUUGCAAGGCUGUGCAGUUGCAGAGUGUGUUGAAGAGUGAUGGGCGAUGGCGUGUUGUCGUGUUUGGCGGGGAUAUCAAUGUCGCCGCACACAAGGAGAGGUUACAGCAGCUGGCAGCACAUCUGCUCCCUCUCACACGACGCUUCACGCCACCCGGACGUGACAUUGACGGUUUCAUCGAGCCCAUUCUGGUCUUACACAGCACCUUUGUGGACGUUGCGCAAGAGCAGAUACCAGAUUAUUUCUGGCCUGUCACUGGGAAGUGGGGUAUGAGAGAUCUCCACAAGACAUAUAUCGACGACGCGCAUUAUAAUGCUGGGCACGGGCACGCGUACAAAGCUUACGGUGUUGAUCCUAAUGUGGGCGCUGUGGUGAUUGUGAGGCCGGAUCAAUAUGUCUCGAAAGUCACGUCGCUGGACGACUUCGAUGGUAUUAGGACGUUCUUUGAGGGAUGCAUGAUUGAGCAGAGAAAGGAGUAA